CAAAGUCUAGGGAUGGGCAGGAUAGGCAAGUGACUCCGGAUCGCGGUCUGCUUUUGGGCACCCUUGGCUGACACGCCUUGACUCCCGUUGCUACUAUUAGGAGUGAGUGGAUCGGGCGGCUGCAGAAGCGACCCCAUAACGCCUCACCAUGCGAGGGUAAAGCGACCUGUCGGCGGGGAAAAGCCUUGUGCUGCAGAAAUUCCCCUGAAUCCCAGCAACGACAUGCAGGAUAAUUAUGAAAAUGUGAUCUCUCUGGCAGAGGAAAUUGCAAUCAGCUGGCCCCGGAUAACUGCUUUUGCUGAAUCGCACAGGAGAAGAGGAUUAGUGCCUGUUUCCUUUCCUAGAUCGCAGGAGUUACUGGAUUCUCUUGUUGUUCCAGCAGAAGAUGGAGUAAUAUGUAAUAAUGAAAAUGGAAAUGAGGAGGAGGAGGAGGAAGGAGGGAAGGAGGUGGUGACACAGCAGGAUGGAGGAGGAGGAGGAGGAGAUGAUGAGGAUGGAGGUGGCAUCACAGUUGAGAAGGUGGAUAUUCAGCAAGAUCCACCACCACAAAAGUCUCCAGAGACGCCCACGUCAGAACAGAAGGCCACUAAUAAAGUCCUAGAUAAGCUCAUCUCAGAUGAACAGUUCAGGAAGCCCCUGGGGAAGAAGCAAAGUAAGUGGGUGAGUCCCCAUGGCUUCAAGAAGUUCUCCGCUCGCAACCACCAUGGUCUACUCGGUCAGGCUGGCCGUUGCCAUGAUUGUGGCAAAGGAUAUGGCUUUGGCAAGCGCUCCCGGCUGCACGGCAGCAGUGGCGUCGAGAAGCCUUACAAGUGCAAUGAAUGUGGGAAGUGCUUCCGGCUCAACUCCACUCUGGUGACCCACCAGCGACGACAUACCAGCACGAAGCCUUAUCGUUGUGCGGAAUGUGGAAAGAGCUUCAGCGUUGGCUCGGCCUUCAUCCAGCACCAGCGCACCCACGUGGGCAAGAAGAGCAGCGCGAGCCCAGCUCGGCCCUGUGAAUGCAAUGUCUGUGGCAAAAGCUUUGGCCUCCCCGCCCAUCUCAUUAAGCACCAAAAGCAGCACCUGGAAGAGAAGCCCUAUAAAUGUGAUGCCUGUGGCAAGGGUUUCAACUGGAACUCUCACCUGGAGCGCCACCGGCGCAUCCACACCGGGGAGAAGCCCUACGUCUGUGAGGACUGUGGCCGUGCUUUUGCCUGGAGUUCUCACCUGGACCGUCACCGGCGAACACACUUUGGCAGCACGCCAGCAGCCGCUCCGUGCAAGCGCUGCUCAGCUGGGGCGACCCCACCGGCCAGCAAAGCCAGCACCAAACCCUACCAGUGCAACGACUGCGGCAAAGGGUUCAGCAAGAAUGCCGCCCUGUCCAAGCACAGGCGUGCUCACCACGCUGCGGAGAAACCGUACGUCUGCAAAGACUGUGGCAAGAGCUUCGGGCUGAAUGGAGCUUUGCUGCAGCACCGGCGGACGCGCCACCCGGACGAUUCGGCCAAACCAUAUGCCUGUGACGACUGUGGCAAGAGUUUUGCCUGGAGCUCCCACCUGGACCGGCACCAGCGCAUCCAUGCUGGGGAGAAGCCUUACCAUUGCGAGGAUUGUGGCAAGGGCUUCUCACAGAGCUCUCACUUGGAGCGGCACCAGCGCGUGCACCGCAGUGCCGAGCACCCACCCUGCCGCUGUACAGAGUGCAGCUUCGCAGGGCCCCGGAGGAAGCGCCGGUGCGGGGCCUUGCUACCUUGCAAAUGCAGCAACUGCGGCAAGAGCUUCCUGUGGAGGCGCCCGGCCUGCAGUGAGUGCGGGAGGGGGGGUGGGGAGGGGGUGCGCCACCAAGGCACACAAACGGGAGAGAAGCCCUACUCCUGUAUAGACUGCGGCAAAUCGUUUGCCCAGAACUCGGCCCUGUCCAAGCACCGCCGCAUGCACACUGGGGAGAAGCCCUACAAAUGCAGCGAGUGUGGGAAAAGCUUCAGCGUGCGCUCCAACCUGCUGAAGCACCAGCGCACCCACCUGGGGGAGAAGCCCUACAAGUGCGGUGACUGCGGGAAAGGUUUCAUCCAGAAGUCGGACCUCACCAAGCACCGGCGCAUGCACACGGGGGAGAAGCCCUACCGCUGCGACGCGUGCGGCAAGUGCUUCAGCGUCAGCUCCAACCUCAUUAAGCACCAGCGCAUCCACCUGGGGGAGAAGCCCUACGCCUGCGGAGAGUGUGGCAAGGCCUUCAUCCAGCGCUCGGAGCUCACCAUCCACCAGCGCACCCACACGGGGGAGAAGCCCUACAAGUGCAGCACCUGCGGCAAAUGCUUCAGCCGCAGCUCCCACCUCAACCGCCACCAGCGCACGCACGGCAACGACAAGGCCUCCGUGGCAGCCGUGCCCCCAGCCGCUUUACUGGCUGCCAAACCGGCCCCUCCUCUGCCCGGCUCUGCCUUCCCAUCCUCUUUCGGCUCCCCUGGUUCCCUCCCGAUGCUCCCUUCCUUUCCUUCUUCCCCAUCACCCCUACCCAUCCCAUCUUUGGACCUGCCUUGGGCCCUGUCUUUCCCAUCUCGAGGUUUCCCCCAUGCGUCCUUCCCUUCUCCUGCUCCGUCUGGGGCCCAGGCUUCUUCUUUAAUAAACUAGCCUCUCACAGAUCCCUCCCUGUUUCGUACCCCCUCUUAUUGUCCUUCCCUUCUCUGUUCCUCUGCAGAGCUCACGUGAGGCAGUAGGAAGUCCCGGUGGGUUGCUCUUCCUCUCCUCCAUUCUCCCUGAUUUGGCUGUGCAACGUCCUCCGUGUCCUGCUUGUAGGUUGUGCAGAGCCAUCUCUCUGGCUGCUCUAAGAAAGCUGGCCCAUUGGGGGGGGGAGGCUUGUAAGGGAGGUGGGAAUGUUCCCCUACCCAAAUUUUGAACCUAGAAUCCAGGGUGGGCAAAAUGAAACCUCCAGAUAUUUGUUAGACUACAAUUCCCAGCAUUCCUUACCUUUUGCUAUGUUAGCUAGGGCUGAUGGGAAUUCCAAGUCCUUAGACAGUAGGAAGGCCACACUUUGCCCACCCUGACUUAGAUGGGUUCCUGGUCUUUUGUUCCAGUCCUCUUCAUCAUCAUUCUUCUAGGCUUCGGGUGUUUGGUUUAGCCAUCAGCUGUGUUCUGCUGUUUUCUCCUGCUUUUUGGCUGUGCCCUUUGGCAGGAUCCUGGCUUAGUUGUGUUUAAAGAGAGUACAUCCAGGGAAAGGAAUGGGACUUAAUUAAGGUAAGUCCCAUUGAUUUGAAUAGAUCCUCUCUCAGUCUGGAGCCAAGCGAUGGCCUCUCACGUCCUACCUUAGCGGGAGACAUUAAAAUUUCUUGGUUUCCUCGCUGUCACGCCAUCUCUAUUAAAUCUUCCCAAUUCCUGUUCCUCCAGUCCUUAAUUUCACCACCACCACACUACAACUCUGGAUUAUUUCUGCAGUUUAACACAGAUGCAUCUACUGCUGCAGUAUUCACAGUUUCUGGUAGCUGACAACAAUUGUACAGUCCUCUGAAACUCAGAUGUUAAAGACAGCGGAGGUUCCGAUCAUCACUGCUGUCAAAGAUAGGCCUGAAGCCCUGAACCUUCUGCAGUGCUCCUGGGGAUAGGGGUGGAGAAGAGAUUCUGUGCUUGGCAUAGCAUGUGGCCAUUCCCUCAAGAAAUCAACUGUUUUUCCCCCACAACUCACUUUUCUUCUCUGCCUGCCCACCUCUUGUUGGGAAGUGGGGGAGAGGGAGUGCAUGAUAGAUUUUUUUUUAAACUGUAUGUACAAUAAGAGCAUACCUGAACUGUAUUUUAAGAGCAGAAUUCAAAUUCCCUUGUAGGGUUGUUUUGGGUUAUUUUCUUAAAAUGAGUUGAUCUCAGUUCUGGUUCUGCAGUAUACUUGAUGGGGAAAACUAAAUAAAAUGAUGCACAAUUUAUAACCACUUUUCAUUCAUAGGAUUUCCAAUUCAGCCCUCUAGAUGUCCUGGAUCACAACUCUUAACAAAUCCCUUUCCAUUGGCCAUAUUAGCUGACGCUUCUGGGACUUGAUGUUCAAAGCAUUUGGAGAGCACUUGGAAGGCUAGUGCAAAUUUAAGGGAUAGACUGAUAAAUCAGGGGUCCAUUUAUUGCAUUUAUCCAGAGGCUUGAACUUCACUCUGAUCCAGAAGCCUGUCCUCCUAUAUAUGCUAAUUGCAAUCCAAAUUCUCCUCGGUGCCAGUCCUUAAUUCGCCAAAACAGUACCAUCCACACAGAAGAAAGAAAGGUCAACAGCCUUGGAAGGACCCAAGGUUUGCCAAGAUUGCAAGGUGAAGGGGAGAGAGAGAGGAAAGACUUCAAAUGGGCAUGAUUCGGGAACAGUCCAAUCCGGACUGAACAUUCCCAGUAGCCACACAGUGCUGCCAGAUUGAGAUACCAGAAAAUCAGCAAACAGUGGUCGGGAAGAAAUGGGGUAUGCUGCAAAAGGGCAUGGCUUGCUUCGUGUCUGGAACACUGAGCAGUAGCAUGGCACCCUGCAGUGUUUUGGUUGCAAGUUCUGCUUGUACCACUGAUAUUGCAAACAGAGUAGACAAGCAUUUCAUAGCGCUGCAACAGAUAGGAAAAUUAAAAAGGCCCUUGCCGAACAAACCAAAGGCAAAGCUUUGAGAUAGCAGAUUUUGGGACUUCAAAAAAGUAAUAUUUCAAAGCUGUGUUCUAGCUAGCCAAGCCGCAAAGUAUGAGGAGGGGAAAGCUCAUUUGCAUCCCCAAUUCAAGGAGAACUGCCAUUGAGUGGUCCUGGGAACUGAGGUACGACUACAUAGCCAUUAUCAUUAAUAGUUGCGGACAUGCCUAGCCUCCCCCUCUAGAACGAACCUUUUAUGACAGUGACCAUCCAUGUGUUGGCCAGUAUCCUGUUCAGUGUUUACACAUGAGUGAAUCUCUUAUCUGUGGAAGCUGCUAUGGGAAUCUAAGUGGCACCUCAUCAGGUCAUCACAGCAGCUUCUGCAGCUGACCUCUGUACAUGUAAAUACUGAACAGUAUAUUGACUCUUCUGGAACAUCCUAUUUUUUAAUUAUGAGUUCUG